AAGUAGGUAGACGACAACUCCUGGGUUGAGUGAAUCUUGGAGAGAUGGCUCUUCGAUUUGUUUCUUGUUUCCUUCUCUUUAAUGUUCUACUUCUUUUGUGUGGACACCAUGCAAGUGCAGUAAGAGAUGUAACUAAGCCAGUUCACUUCCACAGUACCCUAAACGAUGAUGUACUAAAAAAGGACUCACUUCAAAGUCUAUAUUACAAAAUCUUGGAUGAGCUUUUCAAAAACCCAACAACUGGCCUUCCCGGACCUCCUGGUCCGCCCGGUGGUUCUGACGAUCCUCCUGGUCCUCCUGGUCCCGGAGGAUCAAAGGCAUCAGCCGACUUUGCAGACUUUGUGUUCGACUACAUCGAGCCUUCAUAUAUAGGCUUGUUCACACCUGAUCAGGUCUACUCUGGAAAGAUUAUCCCUAUCUAUUUUCCCAUUCAGGAUCCUUCUACUACUGUUCUUCCUUUCGUACUUGAAGGAAAAGAAAUGGGCUUCUCUAUUUCUCAUUCACCAUCUCAUCUGCCAAACAUUUUCAAGAACAUGCCUCCCAAAAUCUUGAAACGUCCACCAGCUUAUGAUAUCUGUGAUAUUGAUCCAGAUGAAACUAAGAUCUGUGCUAAAGAUAUAGAAUCAACCCUUGAGUUUAUUGGCCAUGCCUUUGAUUCGAAAGAGGCGUUCAAAAUUCUGGGAACAAAACAGACGUUAACUACUGCAUUUUUACAAGAAUAUUUUGUUUCAGAAGAUCCUCAGGAGAUUAAAGGUUCAAGAAAGGUUAUUUGUCAUCCUAUGUAUGGUUCAUAUUACUGCCACUAUGAUGUUAAAGGUGCAUUUAAGGUUUUGAAGGUAUUGCUAGAUGGUGAGAGUGGAGAUAAAGUGGAAGCUAUUGCUGUCUGCCAUUUGCACACCCAUAUUACAGCUGAGCAUGCUGAGCAUCCUUUGUAUCGGAUGCUCGGACUCAAGCCUGGAAUGUCUUCUGUGUGCCACAUUUUAGCUGUAGGAAACUUUGUUUUGGUUCAGACAUAGGCUAUUUGUCUGAAGCUUCUGUGUUGUGUGUGAAUCUGUUGUUAAACAGAUUCGAAGGUAGUAAUAAUUGUAGUUUUUACUAGUUUAGUAGGUUAAGUUUGCUGUCUGUAAGAGCAGAAUAUCCCCAUGUGUGAAGGGGUGGAUUUAUCUACUCCAGCUUGUUUAUAUUUUAAUAAAAGCAUGGUUUUGUCCUGCUAA